CUUUAUUUUCUGGCCGCUGCCCACAAGCAUAGAUUCUCUCUAUGUUGCAAACCAGAGCCCUCUCUCCUAGCUGGGUGGCUUAGGGAUGGAUGAAUGUGCUCUGCCUCUGCUUGGAUUCUCUCUGUUCGCAAAAGAUUUGCUGCUUUUGUCCUGCCUUUUUACCUUUCCUUUUCAUGGAUGCCUCGAGUUUCUAGGCGGUUUUAGGGGCAAGGUGCAGCUGGUGUAUACAAUACGCAUACACAGUGAUGCAUACGUGCACGUUUUAUUCCAUCCAUAUGGGUAUAAAUACACAUUACCAUUCUGUGUUUAUUUCCAUAGCAGUACCUAUUCUUAGUCACUGCAAUAGAUUGCGGAACUGUGAAGAUGAGCUAUAAUACACAUCACAAUAUUGGUUCUGGUAGUCGAACAGCUAGAACACUUGAGUUCGGACGGACACAUGUAGUGAGGCCUAAAGGAAAACACCAGGCCACUAUAGUUUGGCUUCAUGGCCUCGGUGAUAAUGGCCCAAGCUCUUCCCAGCUCUUAGAAUCCCUUCCUCUUCCAAAUAUUAAAUGGAUCUGCCCAACUGCACCAACACGCCCUGUUACAUUACUUGGUGGUUUUCCUUGCACUGCAUGGUUUGAUGUGGGAGAGCUUUCAGAAGAUGGUUCAAAUGAUUGGGAGGCUUUAGAUGCUUCAGCAGCACAUAUUGCAAACUUGUUGUCAACAGAGCCAGCUGAUGUAAAACUUGGUAUUGGAGGCUUCAGUAUGGGUGCUGCAAUGGCGCUUUACUCUGCAACUUGUUAUGCUCUGGGAAGAUAUGGAAAUGGUAACCCAUACCCUGUCAACCUAAAGGCAAUUGUUGGACUAAGUGGAUGGCUUCCAGGGGCAAGGAGCUUAAAAAGCAAAGUACAAAGUUCACAUGAGGCCGGAAGGCGUGCUGCUUCGUUACCCAUUUUGCUUUGUCAUGGAAUUAGCGAUGACGUUGUCCUUUAUAAAUAUGGUGAAAAAUCAGCCCACUCCUUAACUUCAGCAGGAUUUCGCUACCUUACAUUCAAAUCCUAUGAUGGGAUUGGUCACUACACAGUACCUGCAGAGAUGGACGAAAUCUGCCAUUGGCUGACCCCAAAACUGGGGCUUGAGGGAUAUCGCUCAUAAGAAGUAUCUAGUUGGAGGAACUAUUCACAACAAUAAUUUUGAGAGAGGCGAGCAGGUUUUGAAUGCAUAUGUAUAAGUAGGUAGUAUAUAGAAUGGAGCAUGGGGUAUAUGGUAUAGCUAUAGCCUAUAAUAACCUUCCUAAUUCCUUAUGUCUUCUUCUGCCCUAAAUAAAAGACUUUAGAUAUA